UGGAAAGUUUUGACAGUGGCGUCCAACGAGUCAAAUCCUAACGCCGCCACAGGCAGUGGCACGGGUGAAACGGCCGCUUUAUUUUCGAAAUUCAGAAGUUUUUCUAUCGGCAGUGGUCCCAACUCACCACAAAGGGUUGUUUCAAAUCUACGCGGUUUUAUCACAAAUCGUCUAAGUAAUAUAACCACAAACGAUACAGGAUGGAAAGAUUCUAUUUUAUCCUUACCAAAAAAAUGGCUUUCCACUGCAGAAUCGGUAGACGAAUUUGGAUUUCCUGACACACUCCCAAAGGUACCUGUCCCGCCGUUGGAACAAACAAUGGCCGAUUAUAUACGUGCAUUGGAGCCUAUAACAACACCAGCCCAAUUAGAACGCACUAAGGCAAUUAUUAAGGAAUUUACAGCACCAAAUGGUUUGGGUCCAAGACUACAUCAAUAUUUAGUCGAUCGUCGUGAAUCAGAAGAAAAUUGGGCCUACCACUAUUGGCUGAAUGACAUGUACAUGGAUAUACGUUUGUCCUUGCCAAUUAAUUCGAAUCCUGGUAUGGUCUUACCGCCGCAACGUUUCACCACGGUACAUGAUGUUGCCCGAUUUGCGGCACGUAUUUUAGAUGGCAUUAUGGUGCACAAGGAAAUGCUCGAUAGUGGAAGUUUACCACAGGAACGUGCUACAUCGCGUGAGAAGAAUCAACCUUUGUGUAUGGCUCAGUAUUAUCGCUUGCUGGGCUCAUGUCGCCGGCCUGGUUUACAACGUGAUUCCCAGUAUUUGCCAAAGCACAAAACCGAUGACGAGCAUGUCAUUGUGUUGUGUCGCAAUCAAAUGUAUUGCAUUCUACUGAAAGCUCGUGAUCGUGGCAAACUGUCGGAGAGUGAAAUUGCUUCCCAAAUUCUCUAUGUGCUAAGUGAUGCUCCCUGUUUGCCCUCAAAGCCACCACCUAUAGGUCUACUAACGGCCGAGCCACGCACACAAUGGGCUGAGGAUCGUGCUACCUUACAGUUGGAGGAGCAUAAUCAUCGUAACAUCGAAUUGAUAGAGACCGCUUUGAUUGUGUUGUGUCUGGAUGAACCGUUGCCACUGACAUUCAAUGCACGCGGUUUUACUGGGGCCACACCGCCAGUGCACUUUUCUGGCCAGAGGGAUGAAACAAAUAUGGCUCAUGAGAUGAUACAUGGCGGUGGUAGUGAGUAUAAUUCCGGCAAUCGUUGGUUUGAUAAGACCAUGCAAAUAAUAAUUUGCACUGAUGGCACCUGGGGUCUGUGCUAUGAACAUUCCACCUCGGAGGGUAUAGCAGUGGUGCAGUUGCUAGAAAAGAUCUAUAAGAAGAUUUUAGAAAGUCCCUCGGAUGACAAUGGUGUGCUACAACAUCAUUUGCCACCACCCGAACGUUUGGAAUGGGAAAUAGCUCCAGAAAUACAAAGACGUUUCGGUCGAGCCUGUCAAACAGUCGAUAGAGCCAUUGAUAAUUUGGACUUUUAUGUUUAUCGUUAUAAGGGCUAUGGUAAGAAUUUCAUCAAAGCUUGCCAAGUUAGUCCAGAUGCCUACAUACAAUUAUCUCUGCAAUUGGCCUAUUUUAAAUUAUAUGGUCAUUUGGUAGCCACCUAUGAGAGUGCUUCGACUAGACGUUUUCUAUUGGGUCGUGUCGAUUGUAUACGCAGCGCCAGCACUGAAGCCUUAGAAUGGGCAAAAGCUAUGUGCCAGGAUGAAGGACCCAAUGUCGCUUUAGAAAGUGAUCGUGAAGAUGAAGACGAUCCACGUAAAGUUAAAUUUAGCAUAUACAGUAAAGACCACUUACGUGAAUUAUUCCGUUGUGCGGUAGCCCGCCAAACGGAAGUGAUGGUUCAAAAUAUUCUGGGCAAUGGCAUUGACAUACCACUACUGGGUCUGCGAGAAGCUAGCCGCGAAGUAACUGGAGAAUUGCAUGAAUUGUUUACGGAGGAAUCAUAUCAAAUAUCACAGUGUUUCCUUUUAUCAACCAGCCAGGUGGCUUGUAGUACCGAUAGUUUUAUGGGCUACGGACCGGUAACUCCAAAAGGUUAUGGUUGUUCAUACAAUCCACAUCCUGAUGAAAUUGUCUUCUGCGUUUCAGCAUUUUAUUCAUGUGAAGAUACCAGUGCUUCACGUUAUGCCAAAUCCCUACAAGAUUCUCUAGACAUAAUGAGGGAUUUAUUGCAAAAUUAAAUAAAA